UCAGUAAAGAUGACACACACCAUAGGCCUGACCAAAGAUGGCAGUAAUGAAAAUAUUGAUUCUCUUGAGGAAGUCCUUAAUAUUUUAGCAGAGGAAAGUUCAGAUUGGUUUUAUGGUUUCCUCUCAUUUCUCUAUGAUAUAAUGACUCCCUUUGAAAUGCUAGAAGAAGAAGAAGAAGAAAGCGAAACCACAGAUGGUGUUGAUGAAGGACCUGGUGGGGUAGCCAAGAGAAAAACUAAGGCCAAAGAACUCACUAAAGAAGAGCUGAAGAAGGAGAAGGAGAAGCUUGAGUCAAGGAAGGAAAGUAAGAAUGAAGAGAGAAAAAAGGGGAAGAAAGAAAAAGAGGAUGACCGGAAGGAUAAGAAAAUUGCCGUUUCCGAUAUAUCCAGGAAAGAGUCCGCAAAGACUAAAAAGGACAGAGAGAAGGAGAAAGUGGGACUAGAUAAAGGUUCUAAAGCCAAGGAAAACAAGAAAAAAUCAACAAAUACAAAGGAUAUUUCUGGUAAAAUGACAUUCAGAGACAAAGAGGACAGGAAGGAUGGAAGAAGUUCUACCAAACAGGCACAUUUAGUAAAGGGAAAUAACCAGAAAAGAAAGAACUAAAGCUCUAACGUCAUGGUCCCAGGAAAUGGUAAUGGUCCUCUUUGAGUUUUGCUGCUAAAGGGCAUAGGAAAUGUAGUAUUGCUCUGGUUGGGGAAGAUGUGCAAGUUAGCCGUUGAAUGUCUUUCUUGGUGCUCAGCAAAUAAAGUCUUGAUGUUUCAGUACACUGUCUAGUGCUUCUAAAUUUAAAAGAUGAAGCUUUAAAAAUAUGUAAUAAAAAUGUGAUGUAAUAACAUUCUAUUUUUAUUAAGUUAUUGUUCAUGUAUCCAGAUAAAUGUAUAUGUAUAAUAUCCAUUGUAAUGAACUUAAUAUAUUGAAUACUUUUACUGGAGCUGAAUAGAAAUAUUAAGAUUUUAAAUAGUAUUUACAUGUAGAAUGACAUAACUUUCAGGUAUGAUAAACACUCAGGUAGGUAGGAAGUUACCAACUUUCUUUAUUUGCCCUUGGUUUUCUUCCUGCCUUUUCCUUCCUGCUUCCCUCUUUCCCUUCCCCCCCUUUCUCUUCCCAGGUCACCUCCUCAAGCUCAGGUGACAUCCCUGCAUUCCUCCUUCCCCAGGCUCUGGCCACCCACCCCCUUGUCUCUUAGGGGUUGCCGUUUCCUCGAGCUCUUCCCAGAUUAAUUCAGCUUUCCCUUCUCCCAUCUCUUCCAUUGAAUCGUUUCCCUUUACCUCCUUCUCCAUCUUGCUGAGCUGCUGCACUCCUUAGCCCUCCCCAGCUACCUCUGCCUUUUCCACCAGUCCUGCCCCAUCUCCUGCUACCCAAUAAACACUGUGUGCCAGGUACACUGUCCUGAGAACUCGGAUACAGUCAUAAAUAAAAGAAUUUCAUUUAGAAGAACAAUUUUAUAACACUUUUGUUUAUAUCUUUACAGACUCAAUAGUUAUAGAAAGGCUUUAAUUAUUCAGAAUUGUAUAUGCUUUCAUUUCAUAGCACCUGUUUUGUCAGUUACUUUGGUGGAAUGCCAUUAUAGUUUUUGUAUUUGAUUGUGUCGUAAUUGUUUACCACAUUUAAGGAAUUGCAAAUUUGACAUCUAACUAGAGGUCAGAAAUUAGUUAAGAAAACAUUUAAUAAAAAGAAAUUUCAGUUUGAA